CCAGCAAGACGCCCGUCUCGUUGGUCAGUGUCGGGCCGGGCACUCAGCGGUCGGUCGCUCGGUGUUGUCCGUUGGCUUGUCAUCGGGUCACGCUGGCCGGCGGAUGGCGGAGGCCGGGGGGGUGUCGGCGGCAGAGCCGCUAGGAGAGACAGAAAGUGAGCCUGAGCUCCAGAGCCCCGGCUGGAGCCGAUCCCAGCUCCGCUCCUACCAGUUCCAGACCCGGGCGAUCCCGCGGCUCCAUCACAGCGACCCGCGGGCCGAAGAGUACAUCGAUAACGAGGAACCAGUGGUUCUGACCGAUACAAACCUGAUACAUCCUGCUUUAAAGUGGGAUUUGGACUAUCUAAAGGAUAACAUUGGAAAUGGGGACUUUUCUGUGUACAGUGCCAAUAACCAUAAGUUUCUGUAUUAUGACGAAAAGAAAAUGGUUAAUUUCAAGAAUUUCAAGCCCAAGUCGAGCAGAGAAGAGAUGAAGUUUCCAGAGUUUGUGGAGAAACUUCGAGACAUUGAGCAGAGAAGAGGAGAUGAAAGAUUAUACCUGCAACAGACUCUAAAUGACACUGUGGGUCGGAAAAUUGUAGUAGAUUUCUUGGGCUUUAAUUGGAAUUGGAUUAACAAGCAACAAUCAAAGCACGGCUGGGGGCAGCUUACAUCUAACUUACUACUCAUUGGAAUGGAAGGGAAUGUCACUCCUGCACACUAUGACGAGCAGCAGAACUUCUUUGCGCAGAUUAAGGGAUACAAACGAUGUAUCCUUUUUCCACCAGAACAGUUUGAAUGCCUCUAUCCUUAUCCUGUUCAUCAUCCUUGUGACAGACAGAGCCAGGUGGACUUUGAAAAUCCUGAUUUUGAGAGGUUUCCAAACUUCAGGAAUGUUGUUGGCUACGAAACAGUGGUUGGACCUGGAGAUGUUCUUUAUAUACCUAUGUAUUGGUGGCACCAUAUUGAGUCGCUAAUCGAUGGGGGAACCACAAUUACUGUUAAUUUCUGGUACAAGGGUGCUCCUACUCCAAAAAGGAUAGAAUAUCCUCUAAAGGCACAUCAAAAGGUCGCCAUUAUGAGGAACAUAGAGAAGAUGCUUGGAGAGGCUCUUGGAAAUCCACAGGAGGUGGGUCCAUUGUUGAACAUGAUGGUUAAGGGUCGCUAUGAUGAAUACAACUGUAAUAAGCAGUGACAUUGUGUGUGAGACUCUGCUGCUGAGUUACUGCUGCUUUAGCGACGUAUUUCAAGAACAGACAAGUGACGAGUUCUACGGAGAAUGGGAGCACUUAUCAGGCUUAACUGGUUCUCAAUAUAUACACCACUCAGUACUGUGUUUUUACACUCCGGGCUGAAGACUAAAAAAACAAAAUCUAUAUAUAUAUCGACAAGUAAAAAAACUAAACAAACUUAAAACAAACAAAAUAUCAACAAAACAAUGCAACACAGCUACUCUAAUAAUGCACUCUCAGACAAUGGCAUUGAAGGCUUUUUUCAACCUUGUGUCACUUUGUCUGCAUGCAGAUGUGUUUACUGCAUUUAUUCAUGCUUCAAGUGCAGUAUCCAAAGAGCUGGUAUGAUGAACACUUGUUUUAUUUUGUGCAGACAAAGACAUUUUCCCGUUUGUUCUGUUUAUUUUUAUGCAGACCAACAUUUAUUUCUUUUUACAAUAAAACAUUGGCCAUACAGACAUCAAAGCAUGCUAAUUAAUUGGAUUUACAAGUUCGCGAAAGAAUCGGUUCUGCAAAAAAAAAAAAAAGAAGCUAAUCAACGUCUCAGGCAAAUAUGUUUCUGAAUGCUAUUAGGGCCACGAUGAUCGUUUUUCAACCUGUUUUCAAGCGCAGAUGACUGUUCGGUGAUCAUGUAUACAUGUUGGGGUUUGGAGGACUUUGCAUAUCCACAAAGAAAUCCCGUUUUCAGAAGGCAGACUUAAACUGUUAGACUAGUCAUUCUUUGUGCAAAAUUAUUGUACAAUUGGUUCAGCUGCAUAUACUGUUGUUUUUUGUUCCAUUCUAUCAUAAUGCACAUAAAGAACUAACUGAAAUGGUAAUCAUA